AUGUUGUCAAUAUCAUCGUGCGCCCAGGAAUAUGCGCUACCAAUUUUUGAUCAACUGGAGCACCCCAUGGUCUUCUGCAAUUUCUUUGAAGCUGAUGAUGAAGGGUUUUUGAAAAGGCUCAUCACUCGGCUGAAAGGUCAGAAGUUGAAGACUGUUCAGGAGCUCCAACGGCUUAAUUUCCGAAUUCUCGCUGUUGGCAAUUCCUUCAAUGAUAUUGACAUGAUUCAUGCGGCAGAGAAAGGUGUUCUUUUCAGGCCUUCGGAGGCUGUCAAGAAAGAUCACCCAGAGAUCCCAGUGGUCACAUCUUACGACGAAUUGAAAAAGUGCAUCGCCCAAGUGGUGGAGACGGUGGAGCCGAACUCCAAGAAGCAGAAGACUGGGUGA